CGGCCUCAAGAUCUUGCGAUGAGCCUUGACCAUUCAUGAUUGCGUGAGGCGAAUCUCCUGGUUCGAUCAGAAUGAAGAACGCAAAAUGUAGUGAUUCCGGUGAUUCACCUGGCUUGAUUCUACUUAAGAAGCCGUCUUUUUUUCCUGCUUUGGACUGCCAAGAUGUUGGAUUUGGCACUUAGGCUUUUCGAGAUCUCAGACACCAUGGCCUCUGACCUCACCCGGAACUUUCAGCGAUUGAAUCAGCGCACGCAGGUCCAGGUCCUUUGUCAGGACUCCUACACCACCUUGCUGGGUGCUCCUGUUCCACAUCAGAGAAGUCUCGUUUUUAUGGACCCUCCCUAUGAGCCCUAUGAUUUGUUCCUUGCAUGGAGCCUGUACUUGGUGAAACAUUUGCUUGAGCAGUGGCGAUCUUGCAGCAUCAUGUUUUGGUAUCCUUGUUUGGACGCCCAGCAGACUGCUGGCCUCUAUCAGCACGCUCUCAGCCUGGGCAUCGAGAUAUUGGCUGCCGAGUUUCAAGUAUCAACUGCUAAUCAAGCAGGGCUCGAGAAGUCCGGACUAUUUCUCAUGAACCCACCGAAUGAAAGCAAAUACCGGCUGGAAGAGAUGCUGUUAGAGCUAGCUACGAGGAUGAGAGAAGAGCGGCCAGGAAUUGUAGAUGCAGCUGUUUUUUUGGCUCGGCGGGGGCCUCACCAUUGGUUGACGGAGAAGUUGCCAGUUCACAAGAAGACGGGGCACAUUUGGACGCAGGAGAUGGGCCGACAACAACCAGUCUCAGCUACGCCGAGGCGUGCCAGGAGCAAGAAGGAUGCGCCUGGUCCCUAUCCUCGCCAGGUGCGGUAUCCCAUUGGCUGGGAUGAGAAAGCGGAGGCCAAAGAUGGCCCGAAGUACCGCAGCGACUUUUUAUGCAGGCAAAAGGCAAAGAUCUUCCACCUUCGGGAAGACAUCGCCCGCUGUCGCGCUGCCAAAGAGCGGGUGGACCAGCGUUUGAAUCAGAUGCGGCGUGCCCUACGCAGUGCCCAAAAGGCAAGCCACACUUGCAAUGAAUUGGAGCCCAAACACUCUCACUCGCGCAGUGAGAAGCAGUCAGGUGAAGAUUCUCUCCAAAAGCCUGCGAGAGUGAGGUCUCAGCUGCAGCCAGGCUCAGAUCUUGGAUCACAGCAGGUUUGUGCCAACUGCGAGAAGCCCAUUCCGCCUGAGGGCCGCUUUUGCAGCGGCUGUUUUCCUCAGGUCGUCGAAGAGGCCUUGCAGCUUCGGGAAAUCGUUGGAAAGCAGCUCGUGGAAGCUGCGGCCCUGCGCCAUCAGUUGGAAAGCCAAAAGAGAGAGGAAACACAGCUUGAGGCCCGGAAAUGCGACCUGGAGGCCCAACUUUAUGCGGUGGAGGCCGGAGCACAGGACUCGCAGACAGAGCCAACCCACCACAUUCUCAAAGCCCUGGCGCAGCUGCGGACAUUGCGGAGAGACGAGGAGGUACGCUCCAGGCUCGCUGCAGAGCAGUUGGAGGCCUUGUCGCAGCGCGAGGCUGCUAGCAUCGGAGCCCUCGAAGAGGCCACAGUGCGCCUGCAGCAGGCGAAUGAGCGGCAUGGAUCCCUGCAAGAGCGGCUACUCCAUGGCGACAAGAAGGUCAAAGCACUGUUGGCAGAGAUCAGCCAGCUGGCCACUGGGAAGGGUGACCGAUCUGUGAAUUUUGAUGAUUCUCAUCGUCAGCCGACUCUUGCGCCUUCAGGCGAAGCGAGAAUCAGUUGUUCAGAUGCCCGCCCACCCGCUUUGAAGUGA